GGCUGACAUAGAUGCAGAGUUGAAAGCAGCCUUCACAGUCAUGACCUCAGCAACUCAUGUUGUCCUGGAUGCAAUGUUUACUACGCCUAAGGACCGACAGGAGGAUGCUGCACAAGCUUUGGACAUGGUUAUGCGCGGUCUCCGCUUUCUCGGACAGGCCGCAGAUAUCAAUCUCGAGGAGCAUAGAAUCUGGCCUCUGGCGAUGGCGACGGCAAGAUGGGCGGAUGAGGAGGGUUGGAGUAGAGAUAACUUUACAUGGCGGUGGUCGAAGGAAGGCCCACUGAGGGCGGUACCGUGCACACGGUGCAAGAAGAAGAAUCAGCUGUGCCGGGAGUAUAUGAGGCAGGGGAAGAAAAGAGGCGGGCGCAUCACGUCGGCAUGUGUGCACUGCCACCUCAUGAAGGUGAAGUGUGUGACGACAAUAGAAGAUUCUAUGACGCAGGAUUUGCCGUCGUUGCCGUCUGCAGGGCCAUCGCAAGCACGAGGGAAGACCUCGGCGGCGAAGAUGGUGGGGCCCAAGACGGCGAAGGCACGGAGCUCGGUAAAGUUAAGGAGAAAGACUAAGGCAGCGCAUGCGGAGCCGUCCGCCAAGGUGCUGACGUUGGGUACGUCGUCGUCGUCGGCUGUUGUGGUGCCGCGCAUGCUCGACCGGAAGUGUGACGCCUGACAAUGUCGCAUUGAAGUGCAUGAUGGAGCUGCAGGUGCAGAUGGCACAGAGACUGGACCCUGGCUGGAAUAAUGUGAAUGCCUACUAUGUAUAGACCUCUUGCUGCCCUAAUAAGAUCCACCACAAUGUCAUCGCAAUCGUGUGAUUCAAA